AUGGUAACUUUGGAACAAAAAGAGAAAAACCAAAAAUAUAUUUUGGAUAACUUAGAUGAAUACGUUUUGAAUGAGGAUGGUAAUUUUAUUGAAUUUACUGAUCCUUAUUCUGAAUAUUAUUUUAUUCCCAAAUUAGCAGUAAUCAAUCAGAAAGAGGGAACAAGAAUUAGUGAAUUUGAUUAUGAAGAAACUAAAAAUUCAGAGAAGAAAAUCUUGGAAAAGAGAAAAUCUUAUGAGAGAGGACAAAUUGGAAGAAGCGAGAGAUUAGACGGAUUAAUUAGGGAAUUAGGGAAAGAAAUAGAAGAAAUACUCCGAGAAGAAGCAGAAUAUGAAAAAAAUAAUCCUCGAUCUACUGCUCCGCCAAAAAACCUCAAACCAAAAAAUAAAAAUAAUAAUCCUAAUGGGCAAAACAAAGGUAAUCCCCCUUCUAACCCCAAUAAACCUAAUAAUCCUCUUCCUCCCCCUGCUGAUAUUCAAAACCACUAUAAUUCUGAUAAAGAUAAAGAUAAAACAAACAAUACUAAUUCCGAACAAAAGGCAAAAAGUCAAGCCUUAUUAAAAAUAUUAAUUACCGCUGAAUUAUUAAUUAAACAAAAGCAAUUCAACCCUGAAAUUUUGGCUAAGUUGGCAAGAGAAAAAGAACAAAAUUCACUUCUUUAUCAAACUCUCAACCAAGAAGGACGGAUCGAUAAAGCCAUCGAACAACAAAAAAAUAUUCAAAAAUCCUCCCAAAAUAAGGCUAAUCCAACUGCCGAAAAAGAGCCAAACCAACCAUUCCCUUUUGGAAUAUUUUUUGCUAGCCUAUUGGCGGUAGCAAUCAUAGAGGGGAAAGAAAUUAACUUGGCUACUGCCCGACUUAUCAAAUUUGCUCGGGAAAAGUUAAGUAAUGAAUAUCUCGAAUUAAUAAAAAUAUCGCCUUGGGAUGAAAACACCAAAAACACACUCCUUUUUGUUUAUCAACAAUUACUUCUUCUCUUUCACCCCUCAGUUCCCUAUAUCACUGAAUAUAUAUAUCAGGAAAUCACUCACCAAAAGAUAUUAGAGGCAGAAAUCGAAAAUCUUUCCGGAGAAAAAAAAAAUAAUAAAAUUUGA